CGUAAAAAAUGGAUGGUGGUCAUACCUCAGCGAGCGAGGGUCAUGUCUGCUUUUGUGCUUAAAAACUCAUUUACGUUUCCUGAGAACACAUGCCAGCGUCUCAAACUUUCUGAAUUUCAAGAAUCUCGGGUUAGAAAUCGAAAGUCUGGCGACAAUAUCAUGUUUGGCUCUACUACAGAAAUGACAUAAAGUAGCCGAUGUGUCGUGUUUUAAUAAGCUUAAUCAAGAAUUCUUGUAUGUGAUUACACCAGGCUUUUUACUCUGGGAGAGAAACGCGCGAGGCGUACGUUACAUUUACAACGCAGGAAAAAUCGAGAUUUUGAGUCUACUUCCAGCUCGUCGACGCAAAAUCAAGAUGGAGACCGACAACGCAGAAGAACUGAGUUAUGUCAACAACGACGAAAGCUCAUCGUUUUACAGCGAAAACGAUGAGCAAUAUUCAGACGAUGAUUUUGGAUCCGAAUGCAGUUGUUCCACGUGUAGCACAUGUUCCACAUGUGAACUAUGCGAGGAGGAGCUAGCGGACGAGGAGUUUGGGGACAGUUCUGACGAGGAAAUGAGACACAAUGUUCCCAGAUGUGAACCUAAUCUUCAAUUUUGUAACAGCGACAGUGAUAAUACGGAAAAACAAAUCCAUGCGCUGAACAGCGAGUUACAACGAACAACCAAAAACGGUUACAAGACCGAUGAACAAUAUAUCAUCGAGAAGGUUGCGAAUGUUGUGGUCUUGAAAGCGGACGCAUCUCAGUUUCAAAAUGGAGGUUAUAUCACUGGGAAAGGUAAAACUCAGGAACUUCUUCUUGGAGGGAAACAGAGGAAGAAGAGAGUGACGUUUUUUGAUUCCUCGUCAUCAUCGGAUGUACAAGCCGAAGCCUUUUCUAUCUCUAGUCUCUCUGACAGCAGUACAAGUGGUUGUUGCGCAGAUUUUAACCAACAUCUCCAAAAUGGCGAUAACUUUGAUCACAAAACAAUUUCAAGCGAUCCAGUAAAGGAACAUAGUAAUGACCUCUCCGAAGGCGAUUUGGACAGAGAAUACCAUCGCUUAAAAAGUGUUUUAAAAACGAUCGAUCCCUCAAAACUUCUUGGUGUCCUAAAACACAGCUUGAAAACUAAAGACUUGGAAACCAUCAACGCCUUGGGAACUUUACUUCCCAAGAACAAGUUUACCGCUGACACUGUUCACUGUGUUCGCUGUCACAAAGAGUAUGACCCUCACUUUGGCAGAAAAAGAUGCACUCUCUACCACCCUGAGAAAGACGUUUGGAAAAUUUCUCAAAAUUCUCAAGGAGCUACCUUCAAGUGCGGCCUGUGUUCGAGUCUAUUCACUUUGCAAGGAGCCUGUGACUAUAAGCCAGGCACUGCGAGUGAAAAGAACUGUGGGAUAUGCUUUGAAGGUGUCCAUACGCCCGACCCUAAUGAAGUUAGUUACCAGCCCUCUGGCGCAGCACAGUGUUGUGAAGACAAAGGUUGUAUCGAAUUUUACGUUUAGCGGAGUGCAUAGUAACGAUGCAAAACUUUUUUUGUGUCAUACCAUUAAGAAUCCCACGAGACGUUUUUCAAUUUUCGGUAUAUCAAGAAAAUGCAGGAUAAAGGAAGGAUACUUCAUAGUAUAUAAUAACACAGCGUUGCAUAAUUAGUUUACAGCCUGUCCUAUAUCAACACAAUCAAUUCAGAGUGUAACACCGUCAAAUAUACAACACCCCCUUUGUAUCCUGAUUGGCGGAUUUUUUUCACAGCAUAGUAUAAAAUACUUAUUUAGAUUUUGGCUUUACAGUAGUACCACUAACUAUGGAAAUGCCUCAUUUUGACAUACUGCUGAAUUUCACGGUUGCUGGCAACAGUUAUGGGGUUGUGAUAUCUCUUUACCUUUUUGUUUUGUUUUCUGUCAAAGAUAUCUUCCAGGCGAGAGCAGUUUUACAAUACCCGCUGUAAUUAGGUGGCAAAGACUGAAGUUAUAACACCUGAAAAAUCAGAGAUUGUGUCAGGCUUUCAGUCAAAGAAAACAAGCAAUAGAGUGGGCGCACGAAAAAUGGCUGGCAGAUGGACGCGGCAGCUGCGGUUGUCAAGAAUGAAAACCAAAUCUUUCGCGCUCCCACUCUUUCGCGCGUCUUUUUUGACGGAGAACCUGGAACAGGCUAGAGCAACCUUCGUCUGGUUCAGCUGAUGGCUUCAGCUGAGCCUGCGAACAGGCUCUCAAUUGGUCGGCGACACUAGCAGCGAGGUCCACUUGUUUCGAGCUCGCUGGCGGUGUAAGCAGGAGUCCGCGAGUAUUGUGGCUCGAAAAUAAGAACCAGACUUCUCGAAGAGCUCUUGCACGCCCACCUUGCUCGCCGACUCUCGUUUGAGAGUAACAAUGGGGUAAACCGUUAGCCGUAAACCGGCAAAAGAAUUUAGUGGUCAGGCGAAAAAAAGGUACAAAUUUUAACCUUUAGUCGUAAAAAAAAGUAACUGUAAAAAUUUUCUUUUGAUCGCAACAGAAAUGCAUCAACCGUUUGACCGUUAGCCGUAAAAGAAAUCACCCCAUUGAGACCCUGCCAUUUCUGUAUGUUGUGAAAAGCGAGUGUAACAUCGGAAGAACUUUAGAAACAUCAAUUAUAAUGAAAAUUAUAGUUAUGACUAAAACAAAUACUUGAUGUUUGUAACAAAUUGUGACAGUCAUUAUUAAAACCAAGAGUUUUUGUUUCCAUC